AUGCGAGCGCAGCCGCCGCCGGCCCCGGAGCGCAGCGGCCGCACCGCCCCCGGGGACCGGAUCCGGAUUCCCGCCGCCCCCCCUCUCGGGCUCCCGACGCCGUCCCCGCCCGCCUGGGCGGGCGAGCAGCCGGAGAGAAGCGGCCUAGCCUGCCCCCCGCCCCCGAGCCACCCACCCCGGCCAGAGGCGCCGCCACCGCCCAGCCACCCCGACGCGCACGGAGGAGCCCGGCGCAGAGGCGCGACCACGGCGGGAACCGCCGCCUCCUCCCCCGAGCUUGCGGCCCAGCCCCGCCGGCGCCCCCGCCCCGGCCUCCGGGGAGCCGAGCCAAGGAGAGGGCGGGAGGACGGCGGCCGGGAGGCGGGGGCGCAGCGCUCACCGGCCCCGCCGCCCCCUCCGGCGGCCGGCGAGAACUGCGCCUGCCGGCUCGGAGAAGCGCGGGCUCCUCUGCCCGUGGCCCGGGCACGGGCCUCGCUUCCUGCCCUCCCCUCCCCCGGCUCUCGGCGUCCUCUCCAGUGCCCUGAUCCUCUUUCGUCCAGUCCCCCUGCCUGGAGGGCGCCCCGGGUCCCCCCUCGGCGUCUACGGCACCCGCGGCUCGCUCCCCGCCGCCCGGCCCCGACCCCGGCGCGCGUCCUCAGCCGCCUCGGUUACCCGGCGCAGCGCGGCCUCCGGGCUUCCCGCUCCGGCGUCUCCCUCCCCGGCUCUGAGCGGCGGCGCCCUCCCCCGCUCGGCCGGGCACAGCCGCAGCUCCCUCCCGCGGCGGCAGCGGCUCCUCCUCCGGGCCUGCCCGGGCGCAUGGAGAUCGGCGCCGCCGCCACUCGCAGCAACCCCUCUCCCCCGAAAUCCGCGGAGCCCGGGCUCACUUACCGAGCGUGUGAAUGGGAGCGCGGGCCAGGGGCACCUAGGGGUGCGGCGGGCCGAAGAGCUCCGCCGCAGCUCCGCCGCAGCCGACGCCGGGGCAGCGAGUCGCCAGACAAAGCCCGAGAUGGCGAAGCGGAGCGACGGCUAAUGGCGAGCCCCACGCGCCGCGCUCCGCCCGCCCCGCUCCGCCCGCCCGCCCGCCCGCCUCGGCGCAGCGCAGCGCCGCUCCGAGCGCUCGCCCGUCAGAGCCGCCUCGGCGCCGCCGCCUCCCGGGCCACACCGGCCUCGCCUGCGGCGGCGGGGAGCCGCGAGGGGAGCCUGGCACCCGGGCCUCGUCGCCUGAGCCGCCCCGGGGCAGCCUUCGCGUAG